GCGAACUUUUGUUUGGUGUGUUGUGUGAGUUAGUUUCCGCCGCCGGGACAGAGGCGCCGGCCGGGCUGGGCCAGGCUCGGGGAAGCGCCGCACGGUCAAAGUUGUUUUGCCAGUUGCUGCGGCCGGGUCGGUCUCCCGACCGAAGGGUGAGAAAGUACCGGCGACAGAAGGACGAGCUGCGGCCCGGGGAGCGGGGCAUGCGGGGCUGGGAAUCCGGGCUCUGAGCCGUCGAUCCCCGCCAGGGAAGUGCCGAGGGGUCCUGACGGAGCCAUGGACCCCGGGCAGCCUCAACCGCAGCAGCCGCCGCAGGCAGCGCAGCCCCCGGCCCCGCAGCAGCAGCAGCAGCCGCCGCAGCCCCCGGGCGCGGUGUCGGGGGCCUCGGCCGGCGCGGCGCAGCCCCCGGGCGCGGGGCCCCCUCCGGCGGGGCACCAGAUCGUCCAUGUGCGGGGCGACUCCGAGACCGACUUGGAGGCGCUGUUCAACGCCGUAAUGAACCCCAAGGGCGCCAACGUGCCGCACACGCUGCCCAUGCGGCUGCGGAAACUGCCCGACUCCUUCUUCAAGCCGCCCGAGCCCAAGGCCCACUCCCGCCAGGCUAGCACUGAUGCAGGGACAGCAGGAGCCCUAACCCCACAGCAUGUCCGAGCUCAUUCCUCUCCAGCAUCACUGCAGCUGGGAGCUGUUUCUCCAGGGACACUUACACCCUCUGGAGUAGUGACUGGACCUGGAGCUCCAUCUUCUCAACAUCUCCGCCAGUCUUCAUUUGAGAUCCCUGAUGAUGUACCUUUGCCACCAGGCUGGGAGAUGGCUAAGACACCAUCUGGACAGAGAUACUUUCUUAAUCAUAUUGAUCAAACAACAACAUGGCAAGAUCCUAGGAAGGCCAUGCUCUCCCAGAUGAAUGUUACAGCUCCCACUAGUCCUUCCGUGCAGCAGAACAUCAUGAACUCAGCAUCGGCCAUGAAUCAGCGAAUCAGCCAAAGUGCUCCAGUGAAACAGCCACCUCCUCUGGCUCCUCAGAGUCCUCAGGGUGGUGUGAUGGGUGGGAGUAGCUCCAAUCAGCAGCAACAGAUGAGACUUCAGCAGCUACAGAUGGAGAAAGAAAGGCUGAGACUGAAGCAUCAAGAACUGCUUCGGCAGGAAUUGGCUCUCCGUAGCCAGCUUCCAACAAUGGAACAAGACGGUGGAUCGCAAAACCCCGUGUCAUCUCCUGGAAUGUCUCAGGAACUGAGAACAAUGACUACAAAUAGUUCUGAUCCCUUUCUUAACAGUGGAACAUAUCACUCCAGAGAUGAAAGCACAGAUAGUGGACUUAGCAUGAGCAGUUACAGUGUACCCAGAACCCCAGAUGACUUCCUGAACAGUGUUGAUGAGAUGGAUACAGGUGACAGUAUCGGCCAAAGUAACAUACCAUCCCAUCAGAACCGUUUCCCAGACUACCUUGAAGCCAUUCCAGGGACAAAUGUGGACCUUGGGACACUGGAAGGAGAUGGGAUGAAUAUAGAAGGAGAAGAACUGAUGCCAAGUCUGCAAGAGGCUUUGAGCUCUGACAUCCUUAAUGACAUGGAAUCUGUCUUGGCAGCCACCAAGCUAGAUAAAGAGAGUUUUCUUACUUGGUUAUAGGGGCCUCAGGGAGACUGAAUUCUAAAUCUGUGAAGGAUCUAAGGAGAUUAGGACAUCUGUAUCUGAA